AUGACCUCAGCCAGUGAAAUAAAUGUUGAUAUCAAAGAUUUCCUAAUGAGCAUCAAUUUGGAGCAGUAUCUGUCACAUUUCCUUGACUUUGGUCUUAAUACUGUGAAGGACUGUGCAUCAAUAAAUGACAGCCUCCUACACAAAAUUGGGAUAUCACCUACAGGCCACCGUAGGAGGAUACUUAAACAGUUACAGAUCCUCUUAUCAAAAAUGCAAGAUGUCCCCAUAUAUGCAAAUGUUCACAAAGCAAAGAAGAAUGAUGACACUUCCAAUAGUAGCCAUGCUCUACCUUCUGCUCUGAAUACUUGCCCAGAACAUUCAAGCUCUGGUAGCAGUCACACUGCAGAUCCAGGACAGUUGGAGACUUUUUCAAAAAAUCUUGAUCAGAAUGCCAUUAGUGUAGACAGUAGCCAGUCUCUUAAGUCAGAUAAUACAUUGCCCCUUCCUGUGCACAGUUUUCCCAUUCCAGGAAAAGAACUACACUCAAGUUCUCUUCAAGAUUCUUCUCUUAGUAGUGACACUAUAAAAACCGAACCUCAGAUUACAAAGAAGACUGUGGAUUGCACCCUCAAAGAAGAACAGACAGAGAAGGUUGGCUCCGGCUUCACAAGUCUGACCAGACUUCCUGACGUUGGUCCUGAGUGCCUUCCUCCCCUGGGUUCGCUCUCAGAAGCAGCUUCUGGAAAUGGAACUAAUGGCUUAUUAGCAAAAGCACCACCAUCUCCCUUCUUUCAGUUCCGAGGAGAAAUGGUUGUAAAUGAUUUGUACGUUCCAUCAUCACCAAGCUUAGCACCGAUGAGAAGUCGUAGCAAGUUGGUUUCAAGACCAUCCAGAUCUUUCUUGCUAAGGCAUCGGCCGGUACCAGAUAUCCCUGGGUCAACAAAAGGAAUCACAGGGAGCUACUACCGUGAGAAAAGAAACGUAACUACCUCAGCUGGAGAAGGUGUGGCCCAGCAAAAUUCAAAUGAGGAGAAUUCAUCUUCCAUUUUUCCUUAUGGAGAAACUUUUCUAUUCCAGAAACUAGAAAAUUCAAAGAAGAAAUCUAUAAAGAAUGAAUUUUGGACCCAUGAAGAAACACUUAAAGGGGAAGCAACUACUGAAAGGAACUCUCUUUUGGUCAAAUCAAGCAUAUAUGAUAACAGCCUAGAGAGAACAAGGCAAGACAAAGUGGAGGAUAUUUGGAUACCUCGAGAGGACAAAAAUACUGUCCCGAUAGACUCUGCUUCUGAAUCCGAAUACUCAACAGUAGAAGAAUGCUUUCAUAGUUUAAAACGGAAAAAUUCAAAGGCUCCUAAAUCUAGGAUCCAAAAAGUCUUGAACUUGGACCCUCUUACCAGGCACAGUUAUCCAAGUAGCUCCACGUGUAGAAAUACUGAUUCGUCAACCUUUGCCUCAAAUGCGAUAUCUCCUUAUGCCUGUUAUUAUGGAUCAUCUGCCAAAAAAGUGAAAUCUGGGUGGCUGGACAAACUCUCUCCUCAAGGAAAGCGCAUGUUUCAGAAGAGAUGGGUGAAAUUUGAUGGCUUUUGCAUUUCUUACUACAAUAACGAGAAGGAGAUGUAUUCAAAAGGAAUAAUCCCCCUCUCAGCUGUAUCUACAGUGCGGGUUCAAGGAGACAAUAAAUUUGAAGUUGUUACAACGCAAAGAACUUUUGUUUUUAGAGUAGAGAAAGAAGAGGAACGAAAUGACUGGAUCAGCAUACUAUUAAAUGCAUUGAAAUCACAAUCCCUUACCUCACAGACUCCCGCUGUUGCACCUGAGAAAUGUGGCUAUCUUGAAUUGAGAGGCUAUAAAGCCAAAAUCUUUACUGUGUUACGUGGAAACAGCGUGUGGCUUUGCAAGAAUGAACAGGAUUUUAAGAGUGGACUUGGCAUUACCAUAAUUCCUAUGAAUGUAGCAAAUGUAAAGCAAGUGGACCGAACUGUGAAGCAAAGUUUUGAAAUAAUCACUCCUUAUAGGAGUUUUAGCUUUACAGCCGAGUCUGAAAAAGAGAAACAAGAGUGGAUUGAAGCAGUACAGCAAUCAAUAGCAGAAACGCUCUCUGAUUACGAAGUUGCUGAGAAGAUUUGGUUCAAUGAGUCGAACAGGAGCUGUGCAGAUUGUAAAGCCCCAGAUCCUGACUGGGCAUCCAUCAAUCUCUGCGUUGUCAUCUGUAAGAAGUGUGCAGGACAGCAUAGGUCUUUAGGACCUAAAGAUUCAAAGGUUAGAAGUCUAAAAAUGGAUGCCAGUAUUUGGAGUAAUGAGCUCAUUGAGCUUUUCAUUGUCAUUGGAAACAAAAGAGCAAAUGACUUUUGGGCUGGUAAUCUUCACAAGGAUGAGGAAUUGCAUAUGGACUCUCCAGUAGAAAAGAGAAAAACCUUUAUCAUCCAGAAAUACAAAGAAGGACGAUUCCGAAAAACCCUUCUGGCAUCUCUCACCAAAGAAGAACUAAAUAAGGCCCUGUGUGCUGCAGUAGUGAAACCUGAUGUUCUGGAAACAAUGACGUUGCUUUUCAGUGGAGCAGAUGUGAUGUGUGCAACCGGCGACCCUGUGCAUAGCACCCCCUAUCUACUGGCUAAGAAGGCUGGCCAGAGCCUGCAGAUGGAGUUUCUCUACCAUAACAAAUUCUCAGAUUUCCCACAACAUGAUAUCCCAUCUGAGUGUGGAUUAAGUCAAGACUUCACCCAGUCCACCUUUCUCUGUGACUUUUUGUAUCAAGCUCCCGCUGCUGCUUCUAAACUCUCUUCAGAGAGAAAACUGCUUGAAGAGACAAAUAAAAAGUGGUGUGUUUUAGAAGGCGGCUUUUUAAGUUACUAUGAAAAUGAUAAAUCUACCACACCCAAUGGUACCAUUAAUAUCAAUGAAGUUAUCUGCAUGGCUAUACACAAAGAGGACUGUUAUUUAACUACUGGGCCCAUCUCUACUUUUGAGAUCUACUUACCCUCAGAACGUGUGUUUUUCUUUGGAGCUGAAACAUCUCAAGCACAAAGAAAAUGGACAGAGGCCAUAGCCAAGCAUUUUGUUCCCUUUGUUGCUGAAAACUUGACAGAAGCUGACUAUGAUUUGGUUGGUCAACUCUACUACAAAGACUGCCAUGCCCUGGAUCAGUGGAGAAAAGGCUGGUUUGCAAUGGAGAAAUCGACGUUGCGCUUUUGCCUUCAAGGUCAAGAAGCCCAGGAGGAUAGAAUGUAUUUAAGAAGACUACAAGAGCUAACAAUCAGCACGAUGGUUCAAAAUGGAGAAAAAUUGGAUGUCCUGAUCCUAGUAGAAAAAGGAAGAACAUUGUACAUCCAUGGGCAUACCAAGUUGGAUUUCACAGUCUGGCAUACUGCAAUUGAAAAAGCAGCAGGUACAGAUGGUAAUGCAUUGCAAGACCAGCAGCUCAGCAAAAACGACGUUCCCAUUAUCGUGAACAGCUGCAUAGCGUUUGUUACACAGUAUGGUUUAGGAUGCAAAUAUAUCUAUCAAAAGAAUGGAGAUCCUUUGCGCAUCAGUGAACUUCUGGAAAGUUUCAAAAAGGAUGCCAGGAGCUUUAAGCUGAGGGCUGGAAAACAUCAGCUUGAGGAUGUGACGGGUGUGUUGAAAAGUUUUCUCUCUGACACCGACGAUGCCCUUCUUACUAAGGAGCUUUAUCCGUAUUGGAUCUCUGCUUUAGAUGCCCAAGAUGACAAGGAAAGAAUUAAAAAGUAUGGAGCAUUUAUCCAUAGUCUUCCCAUGGUCAAUCAAGCAACAUUAGCAGCCAUUAUUGGGCAUCUUUACAGGGUACAAAAAUGCUCAGAAAUCAAUCAUAUGAACGCUCACAAUUUGGCCAUGGUGUUUUCAUCCUGUUUAUUUCAAACUAAGGGACAAACUAGUGAAGAAGUGAAUGUAAUCCAGGACCUGAUUAAUAAUUAUGUUGAGAUAUUUGAGGUUAAAGAAGACCAAGUCAGACAAAUGGACAUAGAGAAUAGCUUUAUUACCAAGUGGAAAGACACCCAAGUUUCGCAGGCUGGAGAUUUGUUGAUUGAAGCAUUUGUUGAAAGGAAAGAACCUGACUGUAGUAUUAUCAUUCGGAUAUCACCUGUAAUGGAAGCAGAAGAAUUGACUAAUGAUAUAUUAGCAAUAAAAAAUAUCAUUCCUACAAAAGGUGAUAUCUGGGCUACGUUUGAAGUCAUUGAAAAUGAAGAACUAGAACGCCCUCUUCACUACACAGAAAAUGUAUUGGAGCAGGUGCUGCGGUGGAGUUCCUUAGCUGAACCUGGCUCUGCUUAUCUGGUGAUAAAGAGAUUCUUAACCCUUGACACAAUCAAACACUACAAUGAGAGAAGAGCCCUGGAAAAUAUCAAAGAGGGAGUUUUGAAGAUCAAAGAAGAACCACCUAAACUACUAUCAGGAAAUAAGUUUCAGGACCGAUACUUUGUUUUACGAGAUGGCCAUCUCUUUCUUUACAAGGAUGUUAAGAGUAGUAAACAUGACAGAAUGUUUUCUCUCAGUUCAAUGAAGUUUUACCUUGGAGUGAAAAAGAAAAUGAAGCCCCCAACAAGCUGGGGAUUGACAGCAUAUUCUGAAAAACAUCACUGGCAUCUGUGUUGUGAUAACUUACAAAGUCAGAUGGAGUGGAUGGCCAAUAUUUUUAUUGCUCAGCAUGAAAAUGAUAUAUGUCCACCAGCUUGGAAGGAACGAAAACGCUCUAUAACCAAAAAUCCCAAAAUAGGAGGUUUACCUUUAAUUCCCAUUCAUCAUGAAAGAAAUACAACACUAGCUCAGAAAAAUAUUGAGAGUGCCAGAGCAGAACUUGAAAGGCUGAGGCUCACUGCAAAGCAAGAUAAAGAAGAGUCUGUGGACUGCAGAUUAAAGGAGAGAGCCACCAUGGUAGCCCAGUGCCUGGAGCACAGGGAAGAUAAACUUCGAAACCGAACCAAGAAAUACCGGAGUUUUAACUGCUUGGAGGACACCGGAGCUGAGUUCUCAGCGCAAGAAAAAUUCUCUAAAGGCUUAAAGACAUUGAAAAAGACUGAAAAUAGUAAGGCUACUUUGGACUCUGAUAACAAAUUACCAUCCAAAGUCAUUGAGGAACUUAAUGUGGUCCUAUUGCGGACAAGAACACUUCCAAAAGAGUUUCUAGAUGAGCCGGUUUCGCAGAAAGAAACAAAGUGACUUUUCACAAA